AUGCUAAUAACAGUCAAGGUUGCAAUACUAGUGACGGCCUGUGUAGCGGCGUGCUUCUGUGGCUGUACUGGCAUAACAUUCGAUAAGACGGAUCUGUCGGGGGAUGGAAACGCCCAAGUUGUCGCUCCAGAUCCUACCACGAGUAAAACACCGUGCCCCGCACUGCCACAGCCCUUCGGAGCAUUGGAUGAGGAUUCAACUCUGACGGAUGCACCUGUAGUAAAAUUACCGUGUCCCGCACUUCCUCAACCGUCCCUCUUUGGUAGCCUUUCCAGUGAUUCGAGUGACAGUAGUGGCAGCACUUUCGGUAAAGCCCCCUGCCCGUCUUUACAGACUGCUUCGACAUCGUCGGAUGGCUCGGUGUCGGCUCCGUGCCCUAAAUUGAUUAUGAAAGUUCCGUGUCCAUCGCUUCCAAUUGCCUCAGGAUCAUCGUCAGAAGACCAGUCAUCAGAAUUCCAGACCAGUGGAUGUAGCAAUCUUGUGCACAUUACGGGAGCAGGAUGGACUGUGGUCACGGUCUCAGCUUUGGCUUUAUCUAUGUUUUAA